CGCCGUUCCCGACAGGAAGUGGGCGCGCAGAUGGAGAGGAGAAAGUGGCCGUUGGUGGAGGGUGACUGGCCACCGACGGGGGUGGGAUCGGAAUGGGAGGGAAAAGGAUGAAUCACAAUUCAGGUUCUAACAACCAAAACGGGUAUCAAGCAAGAAGGGAGGGGGAGGUGCACAGAUGAAGAAGAAAGAAAGCAGAUUGGAAGGAAACGAAGAGGGAGGGGGAGGGCGCGGAAGUGGGAAAGAAAAAAAAGGCAGGACUAAGGAAGGAAAAAGGAAAAAGAAAAAAAUAAGGGAAGAAGGAAAUAAAUCCAAGGCAAAAAAAAUAAAAGGAAGAGGAAGAGGAAGUGGAAGGGGAAAACGAGAAUGGGAUGAUGGAUCAACAAAACGGCGUUGGGUCUGUUGGCAGCACCAGCAGCAAAAAGCUUUAGACUGGAUUUGGGGGAGGGGAGGAGGAGAAUGGAAGGAAGAGAGGGAAAAGGUAGGGAAGAGCAAGAAAGAGAGAUGAUGGAAAGGGAAUGGAUGGAAUUCCUCUGGCCGAAUUCAGGCAAGCAACAGAGCCAGUCAGCGCCUCUUUUCAGCUGCUUUGGUGUGGAUGGAUGACUGACUUUUGGAGGGGCGGAGAGAAGAGCA